UUUUUUUGUCAGAAAUCUAGCUAAAGAUUUAUUUUUCAGUAGCUGACAGCAUUCUAUCCCUAAAGAUUUCUGCAUAUAAAACCCAAUAGAAGUUUGUCAAACUUCCGGCGAUCUCUUCCUUUUUUUUAAUAAGAAAGCACGUUGAUUAAAUGGAUGAAGACUUGAGUAUAUCGCUAGACAAACUUCCGGUUAAACGUUUGGAGAUUAUUGAAGAAAAUGGAGCUGAAAGAUUCCCUCCUGAUUUAAGUUAUGACGAUAACCGAGUGAAUCUUAUUCGACGAAUCGACUUUGCUUGGGCGGUGGAGAGAGAAGAUCCAAAUAAGAAGCAGAAGAAAGGUGAUGAUACUGCUGCUACUUCUUCUAAAGAUGCAUCUUCGCCACCAUGGCCGUGGCAGAGCAUGGUUGAGAAUCUACAGCUUGCUCACCAGGAGCUUUCUGUUAUCAUUGAUCUCAUUAACACUGUUGAAGCUAAUGAUGCAGUGACAGUGGCGAGCAUGACCAGGCCAAAACCGUUACCUAAUGAACUAUUGUCUGACCUUGCGGUAUCUACAGCAACAAAACUCCAAUGUUUCCGGCACCUGGGGAAAUAUUUUAAGCAAUCAGCAAAAGCAUUGGACAAGCAAGUUGCCAGAGAAGCAAGAUUCUAUGGAGCUCUAAUAAGACUGCAGCAGAAUUGGAAAGUUAAGAGGCACCGCAUGGCUGCUUCUGCUGCUGGCAAUGAAGGAUUCUAUAUUGAUCUGUUUGACUAUACAUUAUAUGAUCCAACGUCUGUAUUUCGUCCAUCUUCGAUGUCCACGGUUCGUGUAGAACAUGACAGUGCUGGAAUGCUUGCUUUAAAUUUCUCUUCAAAAAUAUGCAAUCUCAAGUUUGGGUUUUGUAGUGGAAGUUCUGAAAAUAUUUUUAAGGGAUUAAAUGACUCAAGUUCAGAAUUAUCUGGAGAAACCAAGAAAGAAGCUGAAAGUGAUGAUGGUAUUGUGAAGAAAAGGCAUUAUGAUCUUCGCAGUGUUCAUCGAGCCGUUUUUGAUGAGCAGGUUUUUAAUUUGAUCAAUCAAGAAGCAUUUGUCCCAUCUUUAGGUGUCAAUGUGACUGGUAUUCGAGAAAACCAUUUGCAGUUAAACAUAGAUCAAGAAGCAUCCGUCUUCAUUUCACUUGUGUCCCCAUCCACUCAAGAUGAUAGUGAAGAAGGUGAGGACAAACUUGCAGUCAUCCCCAUGAUUGACGGUGAAGAAACGCAGAAGCAAUCAUUGCUUCCCGAUAGAAGAAGUUCCGAAAUUUUUUUGAAACAACUUUUUCAUGAACAUGUGUUUGUAAGAGCAAAGAAUAGAUCAACUGCUCCUAGUAGAAGUCAACUGGUUGGUCAACAUCCAAAAGAUGGGUCAAACCUUCUGGGCCAAUUUUGCAUGUCUCUGGCUCAUAGAAUAUUUUCAUCUAAAGUUCUCAUCGAACUAGAAGAUCUGGCUAGCAGUGUAUCUUAUGUUAGUUUAAUGUCUCAUCCCACGUGGCAUUCUCGUACAUCUGCAUGGACACUUGUGGUGGAUGUUCCUCAAUCGAUUCUUCAUACCGGGUCACUAGAGAAAAGGGUGAGGUCACAGUUCCAAACUAAAGUGGUGGUAAAUGAUGAUUGCAUCAACAUACAAGGUGAAGGUGCCCCCAAUGUAGUCGGCCUCUUUAAAGGGAAGUCUGAAAAUAGCUCUUCAUUGAACAGAUAUGAAUGCAACUUGGCUGAUCUUCAUGUCAUACUUCUACAGCAGGUUGCGAGUCAGAUUAUCCGUUGGUUACAUGAAGAAGCUUUGAUUGUGGGAAUGAAAGCAAGUCGGGACUUUUUAAGUCUGUCUUUUGAGGUGGGGCAGGGCGAAGUAGUAGGUCUAGUGGCUCAAGUAGACCCAGAAGACAGUGAGGGCAGCAUCUCAUGGUGGUUGGUGGUGGGCAAUGGAAUGACAGAGGAAUACAAACUUCAAAAAGAGGAUUCCGAUGGUGAAACAAAGAGACUCUUAGGUCAUUUAUCUCUAGAUGUGUUGUAUGCAACUUUGUUGGAUUUAGUGACCAUGUGCAACAAUGGUGGGAGCCUUUGAUAGGGUUUUUUUCUUUUUCUGUAUAACUUUAGUUUCGCUUUUUGGGCCACACUAAUUCGUGAAAAGUGUCGUGUUUAAAUUGUUAGUUUUGUAGUAAUGUAGUAUUGCUUGGUUGUCUUUCAUAA